CAAUAUAGUUCACGUCGUGGAAGACAGAUAUAUAGGAGUGCGUCGAGAUGGACGGCUUACCUCGGCCUCGCGAAUAGUAUCGUCGCGGACGAUUUGGAGUGCCUCGCGGGGAGGGCUUACCUCGGCCUCGUAGAAGAGGAAAUAAAAUCACGUCGUGGGAGACGGAUGGGAGUGCGUCGCGGUGGACGUCUUACCUCGGCCUCGCGGAAGAGGAAAUGAGAUCGCGUCGUGAAAGACGGAUAUAUAGGAGUGCGUCGAGAUGGACGGCUUACCUCGGCCUCGCGAUAACAUCGUCGCGGAUGAUCUUCAGCACCUCGUACAGAGCGGCUAGCUUCAGUGAUGGCACCGGCGAGCUUCAACCAUCAGUGCCGGCGUGCUCCAGCCCGUCUCGGCAACCUGCGGCGGCAUUUCGGGUCUGUCUAGAGUGCACUCGACGCAACACAACAGCCAGGAACUCGACCCGAGGACCGUCUGGGGGAGCAGCUUCAAUUUCCAAUUGGAGGAAGGGAGCACGUGCUGGGGUCUCCACGCUGUCUUCCCGUCGGCGGCAGGGAUUGCAGGUCACGCCGCUGGUCGCCGGUUCUCGAAGGAGACUGUGGACCGUAGCGACAGCGACGCCCCUGACCGCCGUCAAAUCCGGAGCCGUUAUCACAUCUAAAGCUGCUGUUGUUCUAGCCACACAGUCCACCAGCGACGACCGUACGGACGCGACGACCAAUGGGGAUCAACAGUUGGCUCAUUGGACGACGAAUCUGCAGCAGAUCUACGGCGAAGCUCUCCGUCGUGCUUCGAAGCCGGCGCUGGGUGGUGACUUGAAGAUCUGGACCUUCCUAGUGGUGGCGAUGGCCGGCGAACUCAAUCCGGUACCUCCUCAGCUAAUCUACGGCGAGGCACGCCCGUCGAAGCCGGCGGUGGUCUUCCGUGUGCCAAAGACAGAUCUGGUCGGCGAUGGUGAGGAAUCCAAGACCAGCGACCGAAUCCCACCACGAAGAUCUGGAAGAACCAUUCGGUUGUUUUUUUUUGGAGCACGCUUGAUGUGUUCGACACUCUCAAUGGAAGCACCAAUGUUGGGUUAUGGAACUCGGGGUCCUAGGUAACUAGGCGGAAGAGUAUCGAACUAAGUCUGCAGCCCCAUUCGGACUAAAGUAUUUAACUUGGUAAUCGUAAAAUUUAAAACUUUUAAAACACACUUUAUUAAUCUCAAUAAUAUUUUUCAUAACAUAUACAGUACGGAGUAUUUAACAAUAUUGCGGAAGCGAAUUUAAUAUUGACAUAUCAUAAAUCAUUUCAAAACUUGUCACAUCCAUCCCGACAAUCUCGCCCCAUCUGUCGCCAGAAUCACAUUAAUCUUUCUGUUAACCUGCGUGUAGCAAAUAAAACAUACUACACGCUCAGCGGUGAAGCUGAGUAAGAAUAUCUAAAACGUCGAACAUCCACAUAAAUUGAAUCUCAAUUC